AUGGCCCACACAACAAAAAAAAUGAAGCUGAAGCGCACGAUGCGCGAGGUGCUCGACGACGAGGCGUCGGCGAUGAGCGUCGAAGAAGAGCUCAUGAACAACGUGGUGAAGAUCAAUGGGGUGUGGCAGUUCCGCUCGACCCAGAAGAUCUCGAAGCGCCAGAAGGAGGCCCAGGUCCAGCGCAUCCAGGAAGAAAAAGCAGAGGAACAGCGCCAAUUGGCGCUGCUCAAGGCGGAAGAAAGUGAUGAUGAGACGUCCUAUCCCGAGGUGCAGCCCGAGGACCUGAACGUCGGCGAGACCUUGGUUCCGGCUCGAUUGCAUCCGGACUACGAGAACUAUGUGCGGUUGGCCAUCGCCGGAGUAGAUAGGUAUGAUUUGAGGAUAAUCAUGCGCAAGGACGGCCUGGACACGGGCACCCUGAAAAGGCCGGAGAAGAAAGUCAUCCUGGGCAAGAAGAUGGUCGAGGCCACGGCCAAGAAGCAGAAACAAGCAGAGCUCGAGGAGACCCCUGAAGAGAUCGCCGCGGCCGAGCGCAAGUUGAAAGCGGUCACGAUGCGCAAAGUCACGCGCGUGAAGAUGGAAGCUAUUGAGUCCAUACAACAGCAGCAGGUCGACCUGAUGCGACUCGCUGAUAAGCUCGUGGAGCACUACGGGAAGGUCUCGAAUUUUGUGGGGAUCGAGGCCUUUGGGGACACGGGGAUUGGCUACUCCAUGCAGAUCGAGGACACGACGAUGGUGAAAGGUAUCACGGCGUUGUUGUUAGAUCACGCCGCGCGCGAGGAAAAAAAGAGGAAAAUCUACGCCGCGAAAGAUGAAGAAGAACUCAUGGCGCUGGAGUUCGAGCUAGAUAAAAAAGAAGAUGAUGAAGGCCACGGGAAGGAUUUCACGCAUGGUAGUCUCAUCUACAAGUUGGAGCGCAUCGCGUCGUACAUGCAGUACCUCGGGUUCCUAGGUAUGUUAGAUGUCCCGUGGACGUCUGGUGUCAGGUUGUUCCUAGUCCAAGGCUCCUUCUUCUUGGACUCGCACAUGUGGCCUUUGGUCACGGUUCAUCGGUGGAUCUGGGAGAGCGGCAAGGUCUACAAAGACGAGGACCAUGAAAAAGCGGAGCACGACGCCUACGCUGCCGGUUUUGAGACCCAGCCUGGUGAUGAUCGAGCGGGCGGCGCGCCGGCUGUGGGUGGUGGUCGGGGCGGUGGCCGCGGUGGAAGAUAUUUGAUAGGAGACUUCUACCUGAUCGACUUGUACUUCUACCGUGACGUUACAAGAUACUGCUAUAGCUUAGCAUUCUCGGCCAUCCUCCUCGUGGCCUUCUUCUUCCUCUGGCAGGUCGACGACUAUACCGAUCCCAGGUUUACGGAUCGGUGGCGGCUCAUGCACAUCGAGCACUGGUGGUCGUUAGGUGUUCCGAGGUCGUUCCUCUACUUCCUAGGGUACUCUAUAGUACUGGUAGUAGCACCAGCCAUAGCCCUGGAGUACACGUACGGCACCGCGGGCGAAGGGUCGGAAUACAUCGCCGAAGGCCCGGGGAAAGAGAAAGGUGUAAAUAGUGGUAUGAACCGGUCCAUGAAGCACGCGACGACCAUGCUCGUUGCCGGUUUGUCGUUGACCGUAUACGUCUGGUUCUUGUAUAUCUUCUUCACAACCAUGAUGCGCCGAGUGUUCAUCGCCAAGACGAAGCAUGCGAAGGCGUAUUCAUCAGUAGUACUGUUGAAGAACACCUUGAAGUGGAAGGCUACUCUAUUAUUAGUGCUAGUGUUCCUGAACUACAUGCCGACGUGCUUGUAUGUGUUGGGGGGCAUGGUACCUGUUUAUUCCUCAAAAGUCUGGGCCGAGACUCUGAAGUACGACCCCUACUACCGGGAGGCGGACUACACCAUGCCGGACAUGGUGCCGCCCGACUACGGGUCGAACAUGAAGGAUAGGUACUGGCUCAACCCCGACCCUGGUUUGGAGCCCGUCGAUCCUCAUAUAAGGCCCUUGAAUCGCUACCAGACGCGGAAGACCCAGCGGAAAGAGAAUAUCUAUGGCUACACGGGAGGCGGCGACGCGACGCCCUGGGAGCCCGUCAACUACGCGGGGUAUCGCCACUAUCCGUGUUAUUAUUUAUCCUUCCCGCCGGAGAUCGCUUCCGAGCCGGAGUCGUCCCACCACUCGGACCAGGGCGUCGUGCGCAAGGACACGGCGAUCUAUGGCGGGCGGCUGCGGCCGCCCACCUUGACAGACGACCCGGGCCUCGACAUUCUGGAAGCGACGGAUUCUAAUGGAGAAAAGUACUGGUACGAGAACCGGCCCGAGGAGGAGAGCUUCAAUCGCGACGGGACGAAGAAACCCAUCAAAAGGUGGGCCUACGACCCGCGAUACCGGACGGACUGGCGGAACGAGACCGCAUUGCGAAAGUAUCCGACCUACGACUGGUCCCGGGCGUCGGGGCGCGCGGGCGGGCGGGAUCGGGAGUUCUGGCGCUGCGUCUAUAAGAAGCGCUGCAGCCACGAGUGGAAGGACUGGUGCGCGGCCAAAGAGAAGGGGCCGUCCGUCAUCACGCCCAUGUCGUGCCGCCCAGAACCUUUAGGAUGGGCGCAGUACGAGCCGCAGGAACGCAAGCCGCACCAGUGUAAUAGAAGAGUGGACUGCAUGGACGUGGCUGGGGUGUUGUUAUAUACGACGUCUUGUCUAGCGGCCGUGUUUUAUGUCCUGGGCACACCACUACUCGUGAACUACCUCAUCCAGCUCACGAGAGCGCAAUUGUACGAGUGCGAGUGGUGGACGAACUACGAGACGGCCUGGCGGCGCUUCAACGUCGUUUGUGUGGAAUGUGAAGCGUGGUCCAUCGUCCAAGUGGUCUUGGCGGUCGGGGAGGUGUGGAAGGAGCAGGCCGUCCAGGACUUCGUGGAGUACCGGAGGAAGGGGCCCGCCUUCGUCAAGUGGGCGCUGGGGUGGGCCUUCUACAUCAUCUAUUUGGUGGCCUGCUGCCCGUUUCGAUGCGUCCUGAAACUCUGCUGUUCCAUCGACCCCGACAAGGAGCGAAAGAAGCGCAAGUACCAGGCCAUGAUCUCCGACGCGUUGGAUGGGCCUUCUAGAGUGGCCCGCGUCCUGAAGUCGACGGGAGCUUACGUGUUUGCCGAGGACUCGAAGGAGGACGACGUGUCGACGCUAGGCGGCGACUACGUCGACCCCUUCGCGGAAAAACCGAAGCCCGAGGGGUUCAGGCAAAAGGCCAAGUACUACGCCGUUUGUUUUGUCACUUCCAUAUAUAACGGCCUCGCCUUCGUGCUGUGCUGCCUGGCCAAGUGGCUCGGCGGCAAACAUCUCGCCCGAGACAAGGAAGAGGACGAGGAGGAGGUCGAAGUGGACCCGAACAAGCCUUUUAGUCUGGAGGAUCUCAUCGACAAGGACGAGUGGGAGCCGCCGCGGACCGACGAAGGAUCGAUCUGGAUGCGUUUUAGAGGAUACAACUACAAGAUCGCGGUCGCGCAGUGGUUCGACAACAUCAUCAUGUUCGCGGUCGUGUGGUCGGUCCUCGCCCUGGACUUCAUGCCCACGCGGCCCAUCAUGGAGGGUCUGCUCGGGCGGCACGGCGACACGGCCUACGCCGCGAAGUACUGGUUGAAGAUCUACAACCGGAACAACGCUUAUUUAGAUAUGCGGAACUACUCGGUCACCGACGCCCUGUCCAUGGGGGUAGACAUACCUUAUGUGGGGCGCUCCGCAAAUAUCACGACCUGGGCCGAGAAGGAGAAGCACGCGGACUACUGGUUCGGCGACCCAGUCACGGGCGAGAGCGCGGCGUACGGCGACGACGAUUUUCAUGAAGGUGACCCGCGCAAGCCGGACGGGUACUGCGGCUUCGGCGGGGAGUCGAACUGCAUGUUGUAUUUCUCGGUCCAAUGGAUCGCCGGCGUCGUCUUCUGGUUCGAGGUCCAGAUCAAGUGGACGGGCUGGGGCAAGACGAUGUAUUUUAAGGACUACUUCAACUGGCUCGACGUCUUUUUGCUGGGCUUCUGGGUCAUGAACACGCUGAUGUUGGUGUUGUUCGCGGGCGGGUCGGGGGGCGGCGGCCUCGGGGCCCUCAAAUCCCUAAAGGCGCUGAAGUCGCUCAAGUCGCUCAAAUCCCUGAAGGCCCUGAAGUCGCUCAAGUCGCUUAAAGUACUGCGAUUAUUGAAAUGCGCGAAGUACAUCGACCCGUUGAUGUACCAGAUCAAGCGCUGGUUCCUGCGGUGGAUCGCCGACGACAAAUUGGCGUCCAAGGAACUAUUAGCGAAGAAGAAGGAGACCAUGUCCGAGUGGCGCGCGGAGCGGUCCCUCCCGGCGAAGAUCGAGAACCUGAAGAAGGGCUUCCAGCACGCGAAGCGCGAGUACUCGGUCUGCUUCGACGAGUUCGAGCGGGAUCAUGAAUUACAAAUUACGAACUUUGAGGCCGUCGUCGACACGGCCGCUUUAUCAUAUCUAGUGGCGCAGUUCAAGAGUAACGCGCCGUUCUGGCGCCUCGUGUUGCUGAGCGAGACGGCGGUGUUCUGCGUCAUCGUGACGUGGCUGAAGGCGUCGCAGCCGCCCUGGGCGAUAUGUCUCGGUGGAGCUUUGGUUAGAUCGUUGUACGCCUUCGCUACCUUCAUGAAGAAGCCCUACCUCUACGUGCGCGAGGGGCAGGUCGACGUGCAGACGAGGACGGUCACGAUCCUCUUGAUGAUCUUCGGCGCCAUCCUCGACAAGGAUUUGCGAGAUCAGCGAGGCACGAAACCCGAACACGAAGCGGCCUACGCCGAGCACAAGGCAAAAUUUGCGACGGAGUCCGCGCGGACCGCGAUCAACACCUGGGCGUUGUUGCUCAUGGCCUUUAACUGGUUACGGUUGGCCUACCUGUGCCGCUUCCACGAGAUGCUGCGGGACUUCCGGGACUUUUUAGUAUUCCAGGCCGACGCGCAAGUUGUCAGUCUGUUAAUCUCGUACGUGGACUGGAAGUGCUACGCCUUCGAGGACUCGAAUUAUGGAUUGCAGAUGAUGCGGCAGUGGGACGCGUUAAUAGACAGACACCAGGCGACGAUGUACUCCGUGCCCUGGUUAUCCCCGCGACCGGCGAAUUUGCUGUCCUGGUACGAGACGCUCGUGGUCAUCCGGUGGGCGGCGAUCCGAGACAUAAGGGUGACGACGAUGCGGACGCCGACGGGGCAGUGCAUCUUGCACUCGGCCAUGCUGAAGGGCGAGCCCGAGGUCGUGGCGUGGUUGCUGUACAACCAUCCCGAGUUACUGGCGGUCACGGACGACCAGCGCGACUCGCCCGUGAUUAUUUGUUUGAAGGAGCUAAGUGCUACAUUACUCAGACACCACAAGAAGCCCUCGGACAAGACGGCCUGGAAGCGCGCGAAACUAGCGGAAAUUUUAUUGAGCGACCAGGUCCAGCAGUUUAGGGUUCCGUGGAAUUUGACGCAUUUCCGGGGUCUCGGCGACAUCGCCGUGCCGCUGCUGGGCGAGCUGGCCCAGCAGAUGGCGCUGGCCUUCAACCUGACGCCGCCGGCGGGCUUCGUGCGCAUCUCGAAGUGGCACAAGUACCCCGGCGACAUUCCCAACUUCCUGGCGCAGUGCUACGUGGCUUGUCGCGAUAGUGUGGAUGCGCCGCGAUGCGAACUGGGCGACCUGGGCCGGGUCACGUUCCAGGCCCUGAUGCGCGCGCUGGAGAUGCGCCAGACGACGAUCACGAUCUCGUCGAACUUUUUUAAUUGUUAUCCGAUUAGUAUCGUGCGCAUCGACGCUCGAGCGAAUAGAUUAGAUUCAGAAACAGCAUCGUACGCCGCGCACGCCGUGUCCCGCAAUUCGGCUUUGACAUAUUUAGAUCUGAGGCAGAACAACAUCGACGACGAAGGAGGUGUCGAACUGGCGAAGGCGCUGGGCAAGAGCACCUCGUUGACGCUCUUCUCCAUCGCCUCGAAUCGCCUCGGGCCGCCGGCCGGGUUGGCCUUGGGCAACGCCCUGAGGAAGCACCCGUCCCUCAAGACGCUGAACGUGGCCAACAAUAGGUUAGGACCCAGGCUCAUGUACACGAACGAGUUUACAAAGAAGAGCACGCCGUCGAGCGGGCCGCAAUUAUGCCGAGGCUUGAGGUACAACACGGUCUUAACCUCGUUGGAUGUGAGCGACAACAGUUUGGGACGGGACGCGGCGAAGUCCCUGGACAACGCGUUCCGGAAGAACCCCGAGAGCGCCUUGCGAGUCUUGGGCUUCGCGGGAAAUGAUUUAAGGCAGGAGGGCGGGAGAUAUCUGGCCCACUGUCUGAAGACCCGAGUGCAGUUGACGGCUCUCGACGCGUCGCGCAAUAGACUGGGAGUGGCGGCGGGCGUGGCCUUUGCCGGCGCGAUCAAGAAGAACUCGGCGCUCUGCCAUUUGAACCUCGAGAAGAACGGCCUGGGGACGAAGGGCGGCAAGAGUAUCGCGGUGGCCGUGCAGGACAACCACGCCCUCGUGUCGCUGGACCUCUCGGAUAACGGGUUCGGGCCCGACGUGCUGCGAGCCUUCUCCGCGGCUUUGCUCAAGCAGGACACGCUGACCUACCUGGACCUGUCGGACCCGACCGGCAACAAUUUGACCACGACGACGUAUCUAGGCGGCGCUGUGGAAAUGUCCGGAGGCAUGCUCGCGUCGAUGGUGCAAGGGAACAAAGUCUUAGCCGCCUUGGAUUUAGGUGGAAUUGAGUACGAGACCGAGGAAUUACUAGCGGCGCUGACGGGCUUCGCGAAGAACACGGCGUUAAGGGACAUCGGCUUCCGGGGCCAGCCCUUCGACAACGCGUCGGCAUUGACGUUGUGCAACACGCUCGAGAUCCACCGGCACCGGGAGGCGGCGCGCGACGAGAAGCUGGCAGCGCAGGGCGAGACCUUUGAGACCAGGGCGGCGAAACGGAAGCUCACGGUCGUCGAUUCGACGCAAUGGGCGGGCCUGGAGCGCAUUGACCUGAGCGACUGUCGGAUCGGGCCGCGGACGGGGCCCGUCACCGUUGCUGCUUUAUUUAGCCUGCCCCACGUCAAGGACGUGUUAUUGUCAGGUAACGAUCUAGGCGCGAAAUUAGCCGAGAGAGUAGCGGACCUGUUUUUGGACGACGACUGCGAGGUCGAGUCGCUGGACAUCUCGCGGAACAGGCUGUCGGACGUCGGGGGCGGCCAGGUCGCGCGCGCGCUGGAGCACAACGUCACGCUGACGGACAUGGACCUAAGUGAGAACCAGCUCACGGGCCGCGUCGGUAUCGCGAUCGCCGACGCGACCAUCGAAUUGGUCGAGUCGGGCUUCGUCGCGCGGCCGGCGCACAUCGUGCGCCUGUGUCUCGCGAACAACCCGCUCGGCACGGACGCGGCCAUCGAAUUAUUUAGGGCGAUGCGCAACCCGGUCUGUCGGGAUAUUGAUUUGAGCUUCUGCGAGAUCGGGCCCGGGGCGGGCCGGGACUGCGGUCUAUGUCUGAGACGGUCCGUGGUCCAGUGGACGCGGCUGAACCUCGAGGGGAACAACCUGGGCAAGGACGGCGCGAACCCCAUCUUCUGGGCGUUGAGGGUGAACUGCACGCUGACGGAGCUAUUGAUGUCCGAUAAUAAGAUAGGGGGCGACUUCGGUACCGAUAGAGACAAGAUGGGCGAGCACGGGAAUUCGCUCGCGGGGGCCAUCGAGUACAAUUACACGUUAAGAAGGAUGGACCUGGCGCGGAAUGAUCUAUCAAGGGAGUGCGCGACGUGCGUGGCCCACGCGCUGCUCGAGAACCCGUGCCUGGUCGCGUUCAACUUCGAGCGGAACUCGUUCGACGCGGGCGCGGCGGACCAGCUGGCCACGCGCCUCGCGACGGACGGCCAGAUCAAGUUUUUGAACUUGCGGUGCAACCACGUGAGCUGGACGGGCGCGGUGCGCUUCGCCGCAGCAUUGGAAACGAACAUCGGAUUACUGCACCUCGACCUGGGCUACAACGGCGCCGGGAGCUGCGGCCCCGUCGCGGGCCGGGCCCUCGCGUCGGCGAUCGAGAAGAACGAGAAUUUGCGGCACCUGGACCUCGAGGGCAACGAGCUGGGCCCGGAGUCGGGCGUCGCGCUCGCGACGGCCAUCACGCGGAACAACACGCUCCGCUACCUGAACGUGCGCAACAACCGCUUCGACGCGCGGACGGGCGAGAGGUGGCUCGCGGGCGUGACCGCGAAUUUGGGGCUGAUGGAGAUCUGCUUCUCGGUCGUCGAGAUCGGCGACGACAACUUCCAGAAGGUCGCGCGCGUGAUGAAGGAGCGCGCGUCCGUGGCGGGCAUGGAGGACCCCGACGUUCCCAGUGGUGGGAACACCGACGUGUUCGCGCUGGCGGAGGUCGACUCGGACAGCCCGUCGGACUCGGACUCGUCCUACGAUUGA